UUUAAAUGACAGCUUGUGUUCCUGGAUACUGAUUUCAAAACACACAUUUAACCAUCAGACGUAUUGUGAAUUCGUAGCAGAAAGUCACAAAUUAAGAUCAAAUUCAGUCAAACGCUAGAAAUAUUGGCGUUGCCCUCGUUAUUAGCGGAAUAAGCAGGAAUAUAUAUCGAGGUGAUAUGCAACUUUAAAGAUGAUGUUUAUUAAAGAGGAGCAUGAUGACACAUCUGAUCCAGAACCCUUCACAACAGAAAAUCAGCACCAGGAAGGCCUGACGGAAGUGAAAGAGGAAAGUCAAGCUCUGAAUGAAAUGGAGGACAGACGUCAGCGUCACAAAGCUCAUGAUGUCCUCACUGGAGAAAAAUCUUUGAUUUGCCCCCAAACUGGAAAAAACUAUCUCUCUCAAAGCAGCACUCAGACAACAGCCAAAAAACCUUUCGCCUGCUCUCUGUGUGGAAAGCAGUGUGCCCACAGAGGCCACCUGAACGAUCACAUGUUAACUCACACCGGAGAGAAGCCGUUCGCUUGCCCUCAGUGCGGGAAGAGAUUCUCCCGCAGAAGAAGCCUCAACGAUCACAUACUGAUUCACAGCGAAGAGAAGCGCUUUGUCUGUCCUCAGUGUGGGAAGAGUUACAAACGCAACGAGCACUUUCGGAGUCACUUACUGAGUCACGAUGGAGGCAAGCCCUUCACCUGCUCACAGUGUGGAAAGAGGUUCAGUUUUAAACGAACCCUUAAGGAUCACAUCAAACUUCACACUGGAGAGUGUCUGCACACGUGCCUUCAGUGCGGAAAGAGCUUCCUGAAUAAAGGACAUCUUAAGGAUCACAUGAAAAUCCACACCGGAGAGCGACCGUUCACCUGCCCUCAGUGUGGAAAGAGCUUCAUCAGUAAACAAAACGUUACAUCUCACAUGAGAAUUCACACGGAGGAGAAGCCUUUUAAAUGCCUUCAGUGUGGAAAGGGUUUUGCGUGGGCAAGCUGUCUGAAAAUCCAUAUGCGCCACUCUCACUCGGAAGAAAGGGAGUUUACCUGCGAGCACUGCAAUAAAACCUUUGUUUUAGAGUCGUACCUAAAGAGACACUUGAAGAUUCAUCAAAACGAGAAACCUUUUGUCUGUUCGGUUUGCGGGAAAAGCUUUUUGUGGCUCCUGUGUUUCAAAGCGCACCAGAAAAUACACGAGGGCGUGAAAACCCAUGUGUGCUCCCAGUGCGGCAGAGCCUUUGCCACGGCCGAUUAUUUGAUAAAACACCACAAAAUCCAUAUGGGAGAGCGGCCGUACGUGUGCUUGUACUGCGGAAAGAGUUUCACUAAGAAAGCAAACCUGGUAGAUCAUGUAAGGCUGCAUACUGGAGAGAAGCCGUACACCUGCGCUCAGUGUGGAAACAGUUUCACCUCGAGAAAAGGUCUGAGCUAUCACAGAGAAAAGCAUUGUUCUCAAAGCGUGCCUCAGUCAUGUUCCCUUGAAAUCCAGAUCGUGCCAGAUAUGCCUAAAGAUUGCGUUUCUACCAUUGCAUCUACAACCUUUAGUGGUGAAUAAGCUCUCAUUCAGUCUAAAUGGCAGCAGAAAGUUUGUGCAUCUAGUACUUUAUUGUUAAAGAAAAUUUAAGGGAAGGAAAUAAAACAGAAAACCAAGGGAGUGAGGGUGGAGUCUGGAAAAUUGUACAUAUGUUAGAAUACAUAAAUGUAAAUAUAGACCUUCUGUAGCUCCGCCUCUUUUCAGCACUGCACUCAUCGUC